AUGCCGUCUGAGGCCCUGCCCUGCUUCCAGCUGCUGCGGAUGGGCCCGGCCUGCCCGGGGGAUGACCCGAACCGGGACCUGCACACCUUCCGGCCAGCCGGGCCGCACUGCACCUACCGGCUGGGGCGCCGGGCCGAGGUCUGCGACGUCCCCCUGGUGUCGGAGCGCAAUCCGGGGCUGGUGUCCCGCAUCCACGCCGAGAUCCACGCCGAGAGGGACCCGCACAGCACCGCCGGGGAGUGGCGGGUCUGCCUGGUGGACUGCAGCACCCACGGCACCUACGUCAACGCGGUGCGGGUGCCCCGGGGCCGGCGCCUGGAGCUGAGUGAUGGAGACCUGGUCACCUUCGGCCACCCGGACCCCGUGCCCGAGGGCUGCGCCCUGGCGCCCCCGCCUGGCGACUCGGAGUUCUGCUUCCUCUUCCAGAAGGUGCGGGUGCAGCCGCAGGAUUUCGCCGCCAUCACGGCCCCCAAGGCCCCCUGGCCACUCCCCUGCGGCUUCAAACCCGUGCUGCCCGGCGGCAACCAUCGCAUCCGGCCGCUAGCCCGGCCCGCGGGGCCCUCCCGCCCCUCCCGCCCCAAGGCCACCCUGAUCCUCAGCUCCAUCGGCAGCAUCAGCAAGCUGAAGCCACAGCCGCUGACGUUCACCCUGAGCCGGGGCCCGAGGUCGGAGCCGCCCGCCCGGCCCGGGGCCUCCAGGAGCCGUCGGAAGUCGGCCCACACGCUGCUCCCCGAGCUGGAGGACGAGGUGACCCGGCUGGACGAGGAGCAGUGGGCUUGUGAGCCGGAUGGAUACAGCUGCCAAAGCCCGCUGCGGAGGGCGCCGGAGGGGGCGGGGAGCGGCGGGGCGCAGCCGGACGCGCGACUGAAGGUCCAGGUCACGCCAAGCGGGAAGCGGCGGGGGCGGCCGCGGAAGCACCCGCUGCGUGACACCUGCCAGGUGUUCUCGCAGACGCUGCUGACGGCGGAGCCCUGCGCGGCCCCGCGCUGCCACCUGCCCCAGGACGAGACGGUGCAGUGGGUGCAGUGCGACGGCUGCGAUGCCUGGUUCCACGUGGCCUGCGUGGGCUGCAGCUACAGCGCCGUCCAGGAGGCCGACUUCCGCUGCGGGGGCUGCCGCACGUAG